CGGGGAGGGACAGAAGCGCGCGCGCGAGAGAGAGCGCGUGUCCCCUCCACCCACGUUUGAAAAGCUGCGAGGGAGGCGGUUGUGCUGCGCGCAGGAGAUACUGCUGCAAGGGGAUCUUGGAGGAGGUGGGCGGGAGAUGCAUGGGACCAUCCCCAAAAAAUUCAGCUCAAAGAAAGUUGGGGAACCUGCAGCUUCUGAGCUCCUCAGGAAGGGUGGAAGAGGCUGAUCCUACAAACCUAGCAAGGAUGGAAGGGGGAAGAUGGACAGUUGACCUGGUCAGGUUGUCUCCUGCAUUCCUCCCAACGACCUCCAAGCUUUCCCUCCCAGGACCCUCAGAGAGAUCUGGAAAAUGCCUUCUGAGCUCCUCAGCAAGGAUGAAAGAGGCUGAUCCCGCAAUCCUAGCGAGGAUGGAAGGGGGAAGAUGGACAGUUGACCUGGUCAGGCUGUCUCCCACAACCUCUGACCGUUCCCCUCCAGGACCCUCAGAGAGAUCUGCAGGUGAUGACCAGGGCAAUAAUGGUUCUCGGGGCUCAUCAGAAAGAAAUAAGCAUGAAGCGAAGAGAACAAAUGAUAGCCCUUCGUGUGGCAAAACGUUCAAAGGUAAAUCGAGCCUCAGCCCACACUGCAGAAUCCACUCCGAGGAGACACUGUGUAAAUGCUUGGUGUGUGGAAAGAGCUUCAAUGACCGCUCAGGCCUAAAAUCACAUCAAAGAAUUCACGCAGGACAAGAAUCAUACCAAUGCCUAGAAUGUGGAAAGAGUUUCAAGCGCCACUCAAACCUUACAACACAUCAGGUAGUCCACAGCAGGGAGAAACCACAUAGGUGCUCUGAGUGUGGAAAGAGCUUCAGUCGCAGGAGAAACCUUACAGAACAUCAAAAACUUCACACAGGGGAGAAACCGUAUACCUGUUUUGAGUGUGGAAAAAGCUUCACUUGCAGCUCAGGCCUUGUAUAUCAUCAAAAAAUUCAUACAGGGGAGAAACCGUAUACCUGUUUUGAAUGUGGAAAGAGCUUCACUUGCAGCUCAGGCCUUGUAUAUCAUCAAAAAAUUCAUACAGGGGAGAAACCGUAUACCUGUUUUGAAUGUGGAAAGAGCUUCUCUCAUAGCCAAGGUCUUCUUGUUCAUCAAAAAAUCCACACAGGAGAGAAGCCGUAUAAAUGUUUGGAGUGCGGAAUGAGCUUCGGUUAUAACUCAGGCCUUACAUCGCAUCAAAGAAUUCACACUGGGGAGAAAUCUUAUAAAUGUUCGGAGUGCGGAAGGAGCUUUGCUCACAGUGCUAGCCUUACUUCACAUAAGAGAACCCACACAGGGGAGAAACCAUAUAAAUGCUUGGAGUGUGGAAAGACCUUCAGUCAGAGUUCACACCUUAGUUCACAUAAGAGAACUCACACUGGUGAGAAGCCGUAUAAAUGCUUUGAGUGUGGGAAGAGCUUCAGUCAGAGUUCACACCUUACUGUGCAUGAGCGAAUCCAUACAGGGGAAAAACCAUAUAUAUGUGUGACAUGUGGAAAGAGCUUUAGUGAUUGCACAUACCUUGUUAGCCAUCACAAAAUCCAUACAGGAGAGAAGCCAUAUAAGUGCUUUGAGUGUGGAAAGAGCUUCGCUCAAAGCUCAAGCCUUCAGAUACAUCAAAAAAUUCACAGAGGUGAAAAACCGUAUGCAUGUUUUGAGUGUGGUAAGAGCUUCACUCAAAGCUCAAGCCUAAAAUCACAUCAAAGAAUUCACGCAGGACAGGAAUCAUACCAAUGCCUAGAAUGUGGAAAGAGUUUCAAGCGCCACUCAAACCUUACAAGACAUCAGAAAGUCCACAGCAGGGAGAAACCACAUAGGUGCUCUGAGUGUGGAAAGAGCUUCAGUCGCAGCAGAUGCCUUAAAUCACAUCAAAAACUUCACACAGGGGAGAAACCGUAUACCUGUUUUGACUGUGGAAAGACCUUCCGUCACAGCUCAAGCGUUGCUUCGCAUCAAAAAACCCACACAGGGGAGAAGCCGUAUAAAUGUUUGGAGUGCGAAAUGAGCUUCACUCACAGCUCAAGUCUUAUAUCGCACCAAAGAAUUCACACAGGAGAGAAAUCUUAUAAAUGUACAGAGUGCGGAAGGAGCUUUGCUCACAGUGCUACCCUUACUUCACAUAAGAGAACCCACACAGGGGACAAACCAUAUAAAUGCUUGGAAUGUGGAAAGUGCUUCAGUCAGAGUUCACACCUUAGUUCACAUAAGAGAACUCACACUGGUGAGAAGCCGUAUAAAUGCUUUGAGUGUGGGAAGAGCUUCAGUCAGAGUUCACACCGUACUGUGCAUGAGCGAAUCCAUACAGGGGAAAAACCAUAUAUAUGUGUGACAUGUGGAAAGAGCUUUAGUGAUUGCACAUACCUUGUUAGCCAUCGCAAAAUCCAUACAGGAGAGAAGCCAUAUAAGUGCUUUGAGUGUGGAAAGAGCUUCAGCCAGGCUACAAGCCUUCAUAUACAUCAAAAAAUUCACAGAGGUGAAAAACUGUAUGCAUGUUUUGAGUGUGGAAAGAGCUUCACUCAAAGCUCAAGCCUUACAUAUCAUCAGAGAAUUCACACAGGGGAGAAACCAUAUUCCUGUUUUGAGUGUGGAAAGAACUUCAGUCACAGCUCAAGCCUUAGAUCUCAUCAAAGAGUUCAUACAGGGGAGAAACCAUAUAAAUGUUUGGAGUGUGGAAAGAGAUUUGCUCACAGUGCUAACCUUACUUCUCAUAAGAAAACUCACACGGGAGAAACCAUAUAAAUGUUUGGAGUGUGGAAAGAGAUUUGCACAGGGAUCUAAGCUUACUUCUCAUCAAAGAACUCACAUGGGAUAAACCAUAUAUAUACUUGGAAUGUGGGAAAAGAUUAGGUCAAAUUUAACGACUCAUUUUGCAUAAGUGAAUCAAGAGGGGGGAAGUAUUUAGAUUCUUGUAAUGAAGAAAGCAGUUUAAUUAGAGCACCGCUAAUUUGCAAGAUAUAGGUUUAUUGGAUUUGGAGGGACAUAAGAAUCGUUGGGCUUGGCACGCUUAUUGAAUUUAUGGAAAGGCAAAAAUACACAGAGAUUUCUCAAAUCAUAUUAUAAGGAGAUCACUUCUUAAAGUUUGGGAGAAAUACAAAGAUCAGUUGGAGCCUAAAAUCCCGUGGUGGGACUCUCCAGCAGAGGCCACAGUGGUGAAGAAAAAAAAAAUGUUGUGAAAUUGGCCUACUUAUAAAAUAAGUUUAAAAGAAGAUAACCAACUGAAAGUUAAAGGUUUUGAGGAAUUGAGAGAUAUUAUGACAGAUUGGUUCCAAUAUUAUCCAAUAUUCGAAAAAUUUAAAGUAGAAAAAAAGAGUUUGCCAAGGAAACCUCAAGAUUUGAAUCCAACGUAAUACACUCAAAAAGUAAAACUCUCUCUAAAGCUUAUCGCCGCCUCCUCCACUGGGAAGUCGAGGAGGAAGAAGUUCCUUCCAGACAGGAGUAGAUUCAAAAAUUGACUGAAUAUGCUGAAUUAGAUAGCUUAUCAGGAAAAAAUAAACCGAGAGUUGAAUUUGUAUCAAAAUGGGAGGCCUUUAGAAUAUAUAUUAA